AUGCCAAAGUAUAAGAAGCUUUUCGAUCAGGAUUACAAGGUCAUUCACAUGCAUUGUGCUAGGACGGCCUCACAUUUUAUGGAUGAUAAAUUUCCACCGACAGAUUCGUCGCUUUGGAAAACAGGCGUCGAUAAUCAUCAUGAACCGGUAGUAUGGAAGAGGGUUAAGGAACUCACACCUGAUCCGCACCUUUUUAUAUUCGAUAACAGUAAAAAGUUAAAUACCGACAUCAUACAAGGGGAGGUUGGAAAUUGUUGGUUGGUAUCGGCUCUGAGCGUUCUAUCGGCGCAUCCACAUCUUUUACAAAAAGUUGUUCCCCAUUGGUCAAUGCAAGAUUGGAAUCAUAGUGAUGAACCAGGAAGAAAAUUGGGUGUCUAUAAUUUCAGAGACACGGAGCGUCAUCCAGGAGUAUUCCGAUUCCGAUUUUAUCGGUUCGGAGAGUGGGUAGAAGUAGUGGUGGACGACUAUCUUCCAACUAGAAAUGAUCGUCUGAUUUAUGCUCACUCAAGGAAUCCAAAUGAGAUGUGGUGUUCCCUCUUGGAAAAGGCGUAUGCCAAGCUUUGUGGUUGUUAUGAAGCAUUGGAAUCAGGUUCUCCUUCUGAUGCGCUUGUUGACUUGACAGGUACGGUGCCUGACACCAUUGAUUUGAAUGGAGAAACAAUGCGUAGAAUGGGCGAAAAAAAAUUCUUAAAUAUGUUGCAAAUGAGCAAUAGGAGCGGCGCGCUGAUGAGUUGUUCGAUCAAUGUGCUUGAAGGGGAGGUUCGAAGAGAACGUUUACCUAACGGAUUGGUUAUCGGCCAUUCAUAUGGGAUUACAGAUAUACAAAUAAUAAAAGUCGGAAUGUUCAAAAGGAAUAACGAAAUUCUUCUUGUACGACUUCACAAUCCGUGGGGCGAGGUGGAGUGGAAUGGUGCUUGGUCCGACAACUCACCAGAAUGGAACAUAAUUGACAAAGCGAAACGAAAUAAAUUGGGAUUUAAAAUUGCUGAAGAUGGUGAUUUUUGGAUGUCGUUCCGUGACUUCAUAACAAAUUUUUCGACCUUGGUGAUAUGUCGACAUCUCAACACAUCACUGUUUUCUCUUGAAAAGCGUUGGUGUGGAAUAGCGUUUCGGGGAGAAUGGUCGGUGGAGAAUGAAACUGCUGGUGGUUGUAUCAAUAAUCCCGAAACAUUUCAUCAAAAUCCUCAGUAUUCCAUAAGAGUCACCAAACCAAUUGAUCUCGUGAUAGCACUUAUGCAAAAAGAUCAUCGUUCGGAAAUUGGGGUGGAAAACGUGACAAUAGGUUUCGUCUGUUUUAAAAUUGAGGAGAAUCGCGAAUAUCGUAUUCACAAACCUACGUACGAAAUUGUUGGUCGUGUGACAUAUGUAAAUGCCCGAGAGGUCAGCAUGAAGAUAUCUCUUAAAUGCGGACACUACGUCUUGAUUCCUUCGACAUAUAAUGUAGGGGAGGAAGGAGAAUUUUUUAUGAGGCUAUUUUCAUCAAAAUCUGUGAUUGUACGCCCGUUGAUAAAAGAUGCACCUGAAAAGAAAUGGUAUUACCCGAUAGUGUAUUUCGGUAAAUCCUACUUUGUGGGAAUGGUGCGAAUAAAAAUAAUAGGAGUGAAUUUGAUGAGAGAACUGGGUAAGGGAUACGUGACAAUAACAUUUUCCGAUUUAAAUGAUCGUAUCAAACAAUCCCUGGUGGCACCGAAGUUCGGUGAUGCUCUGGCACCUGACAUUAAUGCGGAAUACGUAUUCUAUGUGAGGGAUCCGCCAAAUGCCAAGAUUUUAUUUCAUUUACAUGAAUCCACGGUAUUUGGCAGCGAUAAGAUGUUGGGAGAGACGGGAAUAUUGGUUGGACGAUAUUCGAGACAUGGGAAGGAGGAGAAAAUUUGGGAAAUAACUAAAACAUUUACAAAGAUAAUAAAGGUACCACCACAAAUGCGAACGGUCAAGGACGAAGAAAGGGAGGUAGCGGGAGACAACGUAGUUAAUGCAAAUCGAAGAACUGAACCUCUGACGGACGCAAGGUUCGAGGCUUCGAAUAAUCAAGAAGGUGAAGAUAGCGAAGAAGAGCAAGUUCUGAGAAGCAUACCCAAUCAAAAGAUUAUCGUGGUGCCAGUUAGACCAAAACGAAGGAAAAAAAAAAGGGUGUUGGUGCCUAUGGCGAUCGAUGCUGGAAUCGGAGAGAUACAAGUGAGAAUCACCUAUUAUCAAGGCGUUAAGGCAUGA